AUGGGAAAAGAAAUCACCUGGUUGAUUAUAAUUGGGAUUUGUAUCAUCAAGUCGUCAUGUGAGUCUGUCUUCAACACUGAAACUCCUGCUCACAGUAAGUUGGACGAUUAUUUUAUUCUCACAAAUCAAUUCAUGCAUUAUUCUGAAUGCAAACAUUAUACAAAAAUAAAUACAUUAUGUUUUGAAAGCAGAUUAUAUAAUAGGCAAAAUGCUGUUGAUAAAAGUGCGGUGUUUUUUUUUAAACAAUUGGAACCUUUGUGCCGUGGGAAUGAAUGAAAGUUAGCAUUGGCUGAGGCAGUUUCCAUGACGGCAGCUCCAUGAACCUGUUCUGAGCUCUGACAGACAGACAGUUCAUUGUUCGGAGGAACAAAAACUCCCCCAACCAGCUGGGGUUCUAUUAGGAUAAGAUGAGUGUAGUCUGGUCCCAGAUCACCUGGAAAUGUGGGCUAGAAGAGAUUUCACCAAAUCAUGACACAUUCAAAUUUACAUGAACCCUGCACAUUGUAACUAUAUUUUGUGUAUGCAUAUUACUAUUUAAAAAAUGUAGCAGAUUACGUUUUUAAACUUUAACAAAAUAUUGUAAAUGAUGAGGUUUGGGAUGAUUUUAUAAUUUAGCAAUCAGAGAGAGGAAUGACUAGUUCUCUCUGGUUGAACCUCAACAACCCUAAGGACCUCUUGGUGCUUUUGAACCCAUGAGAAUAUGCAUUAUGCACCGGAGUCUUUGAACCUAGGUUCCACUUUAUGUAUUAUAAACAUCUGUGCCUAUACUGUUAUUGUCACGACUUCCGCCGAGGCUGCCUCCCCUCUUUGUUCGGGCAGGCUUCGGCGUUCGUCGUCACCGGCCUUCUAGCCACUGCCGCUCCAUAUCUCAUCAUUCCAUUUGUCUUGUCUUGUCAAUUACACACAACUGGUUCAUAUCCCCUCAUUAGUCCGUGAUUAAGUGUUCCCUCUGCCCCCCUUGUCCUUGUGGGUGAUUGUUUAUUUGUGAGAGUAGUGUAGCUUGGUGGAGCUACUCGUACCUUGUAUUGCCAGGGUAGAUGGUUUCCCCUGUUUUCUGUUGUCGCUAUCCAGCGCAAUUGUGUACAGUGAUUUACCCUCCUGCGCCUGACUCCUUCUAUCACACUGAUCACAGUUACUGUCCCUGCCAGCAUAAUAGGUCAUUAAAUACCAUGUAGUAAAUGUUUUAGCAACACUUGAUGCAAAGUGGGUCCGUGUCUUUAAUCUCGCCCUCUGUCCCUCCAGGCAACAGUACAGACUGGUUACUGGACUACACUGACAUAGAGACCAAGUUCUCAGUGCGUUCAGCCAAGGAGCCAGAGGAGGAUCUGUGUUACCUGGUGCCAGGGAAAAAGGAUACAGCCACACAGUGUGGCUUCGACACCAGCUUACCCACAUUCGUCAUCAUACACGGCUGGUCGGUAAGUAGCUACCUGGAUAACAGGAGCGUAGUCUGGUCUCGGAUCACCUGGAUUCCAGGAAUACCUGGAAUAGUAUAACAGUAAUCCUUCUACCCCCCCCCCCCCCCCCCUCUCCCCCAACCCCCCACUGUCUAUAAACCAAUUUGUAAGUCUCCAGGUCUCAGAUCACCUGGAUAACAGGAUUGUAGUCUGUUCUCAGAUCACCUGGGUAACAGGAGUGUAGUCUGGUCCCAGAUCACCUGGGUAACAGGAGUGUAGUCUGGUCCCAGAUCACCUGGGUAACAGGAGUGUAGUCUGGUCCCAGAUCACCUGGGUAACAGGAGUGUAGUCUGGUCCCAGAUCACCUGGGUAACAGGAGUGUAGUCUGGUCCCAGAUCACCUGGGUAACAGGAGUGUAGUCUGGUCCCAGAUCACCUGGGUAACAGGAGUGUAGUCUGGUCCCAGAUCACCUGGGUAACAGGAGUGUAGUCUGGUCCCAGAUCACCUGGGUAACAGGAGUGUAGUCUGGUCCCAGAUCACCUGGGUAACAGGAGUGUAGUCUGGUCCCAGAUCACCUGGGUAACAGGAGUGUAGUCUGGUCCCAGAUCACCUGGGUUAACAGGAGUGUAGUCUGGUCCCAGAUCUGUUUGAGAAGCCACUAUAGAGUAGAGUCUUCCUCCGUUCACUGUCACUCCUACUGAUCCCAGUGCUGGCUGAUAGAUGUUACAGCCUGCUGAUGAUGACUGAAUGCAAAAUGUGCUUUACCAUAAUGGGAAUCCCUCAGGCUCUGCCAAUUCAAUUUAACACAUUUAAUUUAUUUAUCCCAGAAGGGCAAUUACUUUGGGCACACGGGAGAUAUAAUACUAGGCAGGAAGGACAUACCAACUUCACAGCAAUACACCACGGAGGACAAUACUCCACACUGCAACUUCACAUCAACAUACCACAACACACACCACAUAUGUCCUACAGCAACAUGGGCCUAUGCCACAACAAUGACAUCACCAGGUCCAGGUCUACCUAAGCAGGAGCAUUAAUGUAGUGCCCUACUGUAUAGGGUCUGUUUAGUAGGGCACUACAUAGGGUCUGGUUAGUAGUUCACUACAUAGGGUCUGGUUAGUAGUUCACUACAUAGGGUCUGGUUAGUAGGGCACUACAUAGAGUCUGGUUAGUAGUUCACUACAUAGGGUCUGGUUAGUAGUUCAUUACAUAGGGUCUGGUUAGUAGUUCACUACAUAGGGAAUAGUGUGUCUUUGAGGUUUGCCCAGAGUUAACUACCCUGUAAGUCAUCCCUAAUACACAUGUAUCUUCCUGUCCUGUGUUCUAGGUGGCAGGUUUGUUUGAGAGCUGGAUCUACAAGCUGGUAGCAGCCCUGUUUGAGCGCGUGACCAAUGCCAACGUUAUAGUGGUGGACUGGCUGGACCGGGCCCAGCACCACUACCCCAACUCUGCGGCUCACACCAAGCUGGUUGGAGAGGAUGUGGCCAGGCUCAUCAACUGGCUGGAGGUGAGGGUUUGAUCAUGAUGCAUUAUGGUACGCUACUAUAAUGAUAAUGUAUUGGAUUUUUACAAGGGCGAAAGUAGAUGUAAUUUCUUCCUGUAAUGAUAUAAUCCCUAUUAAUUCAAUAGAAUCACUGUGGGACUAGUCUAAAGAGUUGUAAUUUAACUUUUAAAAUAUGUUACCUUUUAUUGUGGCAGAAACACAACCAGUCCUGGGGAAUUCAUCUGAUUGUCAAACAGUCACUUCAAAGGGAUCAUUUAAUAGGCGUACCAGCGCCCUUUCAUCCAUGCACAACAUAUUUCCAGCCUCCGAACAGUGGUGAAUGGAAAGAGACAUCUUUUACACAAAAUGCCAAAAAGGUGUAAUGACAUUUGGCCAGAAUUUAUGCGUCCACUGCUGUCCGCGCGUGUCUCGGUGUCGGCCACUCAUCUCUACCUUGGCAAAAUUGCGGCGUUCUCGACGAACCACAUCGCAUUUUGGAGCGUAGGCUAUACCGCCCGUUGAGUCUCCCGAGUGGCGCAGUGGUCUAAGGCGCUGCAUUGCAGUGCUAGCUGUGCCACUAGAGAUCCUGGUUCGAAUCCAGACUCUGUCGUAGCCGGCCGAGACCGGGAGACCCAUGGGGCGACGCACAAUUAGCCAGCGUCGUCGAGGGUAGGGGAGGGAAUGGCCGGCAGGGAUGUAACUCAGUUGGUAGAGCAUGGCGUUUGCAACGCCAGGGUUGUGGGUUCGAUUCCCACGGGGGGCCAGUAUGAAAAUGUAUGCGCUCACUUAACUGUAAGUCCCUCUGGAUAAGAGCGUCUGCUAAAUGACUAAAAUGUAAUAGGCUCAUGUUUUACCGGUACGGAGUACCCCCCACUAUUUAAUUUUUCCAUACCGCCCUGGAUUUAUAUACAGAUGUAGGAUCUUAAUUUUAGCCGAGAGAAAGAGAGAGAGCGAGAGAGAGAGAGAGAGAGAGAGAGAGAGAGAGAGAGAGAGAGAGAGUUAGAAUUAGCAAUGGAGAUCGAUGCAGUUUAAUGUGAUAGUCGACUGUUCUACCACACUGAUAAUUCCAGAACCAUAAUCCAUGUGUUCUCUUACUUAAACGUCUUACUUAAAUGUGCAGUUAUUUAUGUGGAUCUGAAAUGCACCAAUCAUCUGUUAAAACUAAAUGAUGCCUCCCCUCAGGUGGAUCUGAAGUAUGACCUGAUGAACCUCCACCUGCUGGGUUACAGCCUGGGAGCACACGUGGCUGGCAUAGCUGGAAACCUGACCAACAACAAGGUCAACAGGAUCACUGGUGGGUAGGACUAGAUGCUCUCAUCCCUCGGAUGGUGCCUGUAGGAGCAGGUUUCUGUAGGACCAUAGAGACAUAUAACCAUCUGUCAAUCCACCUCAACUCUGCUACUCAGGGACCUGCUGGUGGGUAGGACCAGACCAGAGCCAGAUAAUAGAGCAAUAUCAGACCAGAGCCAGAUAAUAGAGCAAUAUCACGGGUGGGAAGGACUAGACCAGAGCCAGAUAAUAGGUAAUAUCAGACCAGAGCCAGAUAAUAGAGCAAUAUCACGGGUGGGAAGGACUAGACCAGAGCCAGAUAAUAGAGCAAUAUCAGACCAGAGCCAGAUAAUAGAGCAAUAUCACGGGUGGGAAGGACUAGACCAGAGCCAGAUAAUAGGUAAUAUCAGACCAGAGCCAGAUAAUAUAGCAAUAUCACGGGUGGGAAGGACUAGACCAGAGCCAGAUAAUAGAGCAAUAUCAGACCAGAGCCAGAUAAUAGGUAAUAUCAGACCAGAGCCAGAUAAUAGGUAAUAUCAGACCAGAGCCAGAUAAUAGGUAAUAUCAGACCAGAGCCAGAUAAUAGGUAAUAUCAGACCAGAGCCAGAUAAUAGGUAAUAUCAGACCAGAGCCAGAUAAUAGAGCAAUAUCACUGGUGGGAAGGACCAAAAAUAUAUAUAUAACAGAGAAAUAUAUGGCUCUGAGUAGGACCCAGACCUCGUGUGGUGUCUGUCCAUCUGGAAAUCAACCUAAUCACUGCUGUGUCAUUAGGCUCUGUUCUAAACCUAAGAUAUACACGUUUGCCCUUAAUUCUGUUUGGUAUUUCCCUUGCAUCCCUAUAGCAGUUCAAGUGGUUGUUGCCUAUCAAUUUGCUGUCACCCCACUUUGGUCAGUCAAACACUGCUUAAGUAAACUCCCAUCUCAUUGCCCCUCCCUUCUUCUAUUUAGAGUGAGUGAGAUUGCCUAGCCCUAGUGAGAAGGUGCACAGCUGGGUUUUUGAAACCAGUUGGCAUCAUGGAGUUUGCUGAAGACAGUAUUGAGACUUGUUGGGGGAGUAGACGAUGAUGUCAUCUAUAUAGACAAAAAAAAGGUGACAUCUCACAGUUCCCCAAGAACUCCCUCCAUCAGCCCAUUUGAAAGGUCACUCCAGCCUUCUUAAGGCCAAAAGGCUUUGGGUAAUGGCUUUAAACUGAUACAGGCCAAAAGGAUUUGGGUAAUGGCUUUAAACUGAUACAGGCCAAAAGGCUUUGGGUAAUGGCUUUAAACUGAUACAGGCCAAAAGGCUUUGGGUAAUGGCUUUAAACUGAUACAGGCCAAAAGGCUUUGGGUAAUGGCUUUAAACUGAUACAGGCCAAAAGGCUUUGGGUAAUGGCUUUAAACUGAUACAGGCCAAAAGGCUUUGGGCAAUGGCUUUAAACUGAUACAGGCCAAAAGGCUUUGGGUAAUGGCUUUAAACUGAUACAGGCCCGAAGGAUUGGCUACCGCUGUAUUUUCUUUGCCCUUCGCAUCCAUCUCAACUUAUUUGUAUAACUAAGCAUGCCACACCCACCUUAGAUAACAUAACGGUUAGGUCCAGGGCCGAAACCAAGGCAGCAACCACUCCUUAUUUGACCUGUAUCAGUUUAAGGCAAUGCCUUUCGGCCUUAAAAACGCUGGAUCGACCUUUCAGAGGUCCCACUCCAAAAAGGGUGUAUACGUAACUAAGUUCAGGUUGAGUUCAGUUUGAGGAGGUAAAGACUCAUGUUACACAUGUUCUUUUUAUCAGUGAGAACUUGUAGAAAUUUAAAAUGACUAUUUAUAACACCAAAAAUGACUAUUAAUAACACCCCAAAAGACUACUGUAUAACACCCAAAAGGACUAUUUAUAACACCCAAAAUGACUACCGCAUAACACCCAAAAUAACUAUCUGUGACACCCAAAAAGACUACUGUAAAACACCCAAAAUGACUAUUUAUAACAAAGAAAAUGACUAUUUAUAACACUCCAAAAAUACUAUUUAUAACACCCCAAAAGGACUACUUAUAACACCCAAAAUGACUAUUUACAACACCCCAAAAAUACUACUGUAUAACACCCCAAAAGGACCACUGUAUAACACCCAAAAAGACUACUGUAUAACACCCCAAAUGACUAUUUAUAACACCCAAAAUGACUAUUUAUAACACCCGAAAAAGACAACUGCAUAACACCCAAAAUGACUAUUUCUAACACACAACAUGACUAUUUAUAACACCCCAAAAGACUACUGUAUAACACCCAAAAAGACUACUGUAUAACACCCAAAAUGACUAUUGCAUUACACCCAAAAAUACUAUUUAUAACACCCCAAAAGGACUAUUUAUAACACCCCAAAAGACUGCUGCAUAACACUCAAAAGGCUUGUAACUUGAACCAUGUGUUCUAAUACAUCAUGGCAGACUGACACAAUAACAGCAGGCUGACAGUGUUCUGAAUGUAUGCAGUAGUUACUAACUAUUAACAACAGAGCAGAUUAUAGUAGUUAUACCACUGGAGGAUACUGUAAGAUUCCAGUUCUCUAACGCCCAGUCCCUAAUGUCCCUCUCCCUGUCCUGCUCAUUCUUUCAGGCCUGGAUCCGGCUGGGCCUAGCUUCGAGUACGCAGAGCACACAAACCGCCUGUCUCCUGACGAUGCAAAAUUCGUGGAUGUCCUCCACACCAACACCAGGGGGUCUCCAGAUCUCAGUAUUGGUAUCCAGAGACCCGUGGGCCACGUGGACAUCUACCCCAACGGAGGAACAGCGCAGCCAGGCUGCUCCUUCCGGCACACCAUAGACAUGAUGAGAAACUUUGGCCUCCGCAGUGAGUAGACCCAGGCUUAACUCCAACUCCCACAAACCCUCACACUGUAGUUCAAUAGAGUACCACAGUAUGAGUCAUAAUACCCAUAAAAGAUAGCGGUCAAACAAGGAAAUGGUUUCAAUCGUUUUUCCACCAUUCAUUUUUCCCAUAGGGGAUUUUCCCCAUAGGGUGUGACGUUUUCAUAACCGUGUAAGUCUCUCUAGGACAAGGUGACUUUUAUCAAUACAUUUGCCUGUAUUUACCCCCCAAAAUGAAAUGCUAAAGAGCUGCUAAUGUGGCUAUCAUAAAGAACUACAAAUGCCAUGAUGAUCUGGACGAGACUGCUGAAAUCGAGGCAAAGGUAAGAAUCUCUGGAUUAACGAUCUAAUGUUAGCUAAAUGAAUGAAUAAAUUGGCUACAUUUUUUAAAAUGGACAAUUCUGUGAACUGUCUUGUGCAAGUUUUAAAUUGACACAGUACCUGUUAGCAAAGGUGUCAGCUAGAGAUGACGUGCAGGAGCUUGCAGGGAUUUGUAGUCUUGCAUGAUGGCUACUUUGAUGCUAAUUAGCAUUUUCGAAUCUGAGAGUAAAUCUUGUCCGAGAGAGAUUCAUAUGGUUAACAAAACGUCACGCCAGGGUAAGCCUACAUGAAACACAGCCCUUAUUUUAAGUGUUUCUAAAAUUCCCUAUGGGAAAAAUGAAUGGAGGAAAAACGAUUGGAACCAUUUCCCUGUUUGACCGCUAGGUUUUAUGGGUAUUAUGACACCUCCACUGUGGAGCUCUAUAGAACUAGGCAUCUACAGUAAGUAGACCCAGGCUUAACUCCAACUCCAACUCCCACAAACCCUCACACUAUAUCUACAGUCAUAGAAUUGCAUGUAGAAUGAUUGGAUUUCUCUAUCUGGUAUCUAAGUAGACUUACAAGACUUAGCCUCAUCCUCGACCAACCCUGGAUUCACACUGUAGUGUUGUUUUGUCAUUACACAAGUGUAGGACAAAAAACACAGACAAGAGAACAUCAUUGUUUCCCAAUCUGUUUUUCAUUGACAUUCAGACGUAACUGUUGCACAUUUCUGUUGUAGUCCAGCAUUACAACAUCUGAUUCAACUAUCCAACUCAUCAUCAAGACUUUGCUUGUUGAAUAAAACUUGCUAAUGCUGGAACAGAACAGAAUGUUCAAAACAGCAGGGCGUCCGAGAGAAAUGGAUUGGGUAACACGGAUGUUCUUUAGUUUGUAGUUUUUUUUCCCACACUCGUGUGAGGACAAACGCAACAGUACAGUGUGAGGAUUAGGAGGAAGAGGAAACUCGUUCUGCACUGGUGUUCUGAAGGUGAACAUAACUAUUCCUCUCCUGUGCCCUGCCCUGCAGACUUGGAUCAGAUCGUGAAGUGCGCCCAUGAGCGUUCUGUGCACCUGUUCAUCGACUCGCUGGUGAACAAACAGCAGCAAAGCAUGGCCUACCGCUGCAACUCCAAAUACGCCUUCAACAGGGGCCUGUGUCUCAGCUGCCGUAAGAACCGCUGCAACAACAUGGGCUUCGGAGUCAACAGGAUACGCACCACCAGGAGCGCCAAGAUGUACCUGAUGACCGGCGCCAGUAUGCCCUUCAAAGGUGUGUUGGUUAGUCUGCUACACAGCUGAUUGAUAGCUGUUGUUUGCCCUUCAAAGGUGGGUAACGUUGGUGAAUCUGUUAGACAGCUGAUUGAUAGCUGGGCGGUGUGUUCCUAAACAAUGCAGAUCAAACUGAGAAAGCUCGUCAAAGUUCCGUAUUGUAGUAUCUAGGUUCUUCUUCUUCUUCUUCUUCUUCUUCUUCUUCUUCUUCUUCUUCUUCUUCUUCUUGUUUAUGAUGCAUAAACAAUCUGUUACUAGUUCAAAUGAAGGUCUAACAGCAGUCCUGUCCCUCCACCUCUAGUCUUCCACUACCAGAUGAAGUUCCAUAUCUUCAACCAGCAGAACCUGAGUCUGAACGAGCAGCCCGUCAUAGUGUCUAUGUAUGGAACCCACGGAGAGAAGGAGGACAUCCAACUCAUUCUGUAAGCAGCUCUGCUAAACAUUCAACUUCUUACAAUUUAGCACUGGGUUAUGUAUUCUUGUUACUUUUCUGUUUUGUUUACAGUCGAUUUACAUUAGGUUACUUCAAUGUUACUUUACAUUGUCUAUUGAAAUGGUACAGUGAAAUGGUGCGUAAUUCCUGUGUACCGCUGAUUAUGAUAGAGCAAAACAAAUAACUAUUUCUGGCCCAGUACCCCGUUAAAUGUUCUGGUUGUUUUAUUUAAAAUGCGUUACUAACUAUGCUAACCCCCACAGGUCCAACGUGACCACCAACACCACUGUGUCCUUCCUGCUGACCACUGACGUAGACCUGGGAGAGCUGCUGAGAGUCAUGCUGCGGUGGGACAGUGACUCCUACUUCUCCUUCUUCAACUCACACGAGUUCAUGGUCCGCAGGAUGAGAGUCAAGACAGGGGAGACCCAGUCCAAGUGAGCCUCUACUUAUGUUUAUCUACUGCAGUCUACCGUAUCUAUCUGUUGUAUUAUGAAUUUACCUUAGGGGUCUACUUGAUUGUCUUAACUCUAGUAGAGUAAAGUAGAGUAGAGUAGAGUAGAGUAAUAAUAAUAUGCCAUUUAGCAGACGCUUUUAUCCAAAGCGACUUACAGUCAUGCGGGCAUACAUUUUUGUGUAUGGGUGGUCCCGGGGAUCAAACCCACUAUCUUGGUGUUACAAGCGCCGUGCUCUACCAGCUGAGCUACAGAGGAGAGUAGAGUAGGGUGAAAAGUUUCCUUGACUCGACUCUGUUCCACUCUGCUAUACUGUACUCUACUCUACUCUAGUCAACAGUCCACGCUGGUUCUCUUGAGUUGAGAUGAAUGGAGUGAUUUUAAGUGUAUAAUGGUGAUUGUGACUUGCUUCUCCUGCAGGGUGAUUUUCAGAGCGGAGAGUGACGGGGAGUUUGCCCACCUGGUCCAAGGAGGUGACCCUGUGACCUUCACCAAGUCUAAAGAGGAUCAGAACAGCAGGACGCAUGAGAGGUGAGAGACUAGUGGACACAGACUUGAUUGAUUUAAUUUAUUAGACAAGAUAAAUCAUAUCCAGCCACAAACCAAUGCAAUUGAAAUUCACUCAUAAAAAAUCGUCAAGUAUAACAUAAAAGAUUCUAGGAUAACACAAAGAAGUAUCUUAUUUCCAUUGGUUGGUUUCAGUAUAGUUAGGGAGUUCUUCCUGACCAUGUGACUAACAGGACCAGGAAAAUAGAUAUGACAUGACCAGUUACAGCCCACCCAAUGACAUGCUUCCUUUGCCAAACCUGUGUUUGUGUCUGUCUGCAGAAUCCACAGACUGAAGAAGCAGGGCAGCUUCUUCAAACAAGGCCUUAACGACGCUGCCACAGACACAUCACCAUCAUUAUCCCCAUCAUCAGAGCACUGA